GACAAACUGUCGCCGUGUCCCCAAAAUAAGCCGAUAUAAUCUUUAAAAAAAACUGUGUUUGUGUUAUUUAUUGUCGCUGUUGUUUUGUGAAGUCCUUUUGAACGCCUUAAAAAUUAUCGGCAUUUGUAUUUUCUGAAAAUUUUGUGAAACACGUAAAAAACAAACAGUGUUCGUCGAAACUAACCUCAAUCUUUUAAUUUCGUUAUUUACUUAUAACACGAAAUCGUCUAUCAAAAUUAGCUAAAUUGAGUGUAAAAUGUGUGAUAAUAUUGAAUUGUUGUUUUCAAUAUUUGUUAAUUAAAAUAAGUAUUGCUUUCGAUUGAAAGCUGUCAAGUGGAUUGAUACAUAAAACGACUACAAAGCGACUACCGCAAAACCUACUCGCACUUUGUAAUAAUAUUAUAUAAAAAUGAACAAAACACCAGUCUCAAUUUUACAAGAAAUGAUGAUGAAGAGGAAAAUUGUUCCCAAUUACGAAUUGACGUACGAUGGCGGAGGCACACAUGAUAAUACAUUUACAUAUCAAGUCUCAUGUGACGGUUUAGUGGCAACCGGCACAGGUCGUUGUAAAAAAGAUGCCAAACACGAGGCUGCCAAAAUGAUGCUGGAAACAAUUGCAGCUCACAGAGCUUAUCCUCAACUACCAGCAUCGCCAGCGCCUUCUCCCGUUAAAAAGCCACUGAUCACGGAAGUCAUAGUUUCGCCAAAGAGAACACAGUUCGUAAAUGCCGUUGGAGCCUUGACAGCAUUGUGCGCAGACAAUAAUUUGCAACCGCCCGACUACGAAGAAGUCAGCGAUAUUGGUCCACCUCACGCUCGAAUUUUCACCUACAGAUGUCGAGUCUCGACCUUCAAAGAGGAAGGUAUCGCGACAACGAAGAAACAAGCGAAACACGAAGCUGCGCGAAAAAUGCUCGAAAAAAUUCAAGACGUUGUCGAGGAUCUUCAGCAAUCAGACGAGGUCAAUUUGUACAAGGAAGAAAAAUUAUUGCAGCAAUCACUCGCGGACGAGAAGGCUGCUGAUCGGUACGCAACUUUGACAAAACUUCCUCAAAAAAAAAUUAAUUUAGGCGUCAAAAUGGAAAACUAUCAUCGAUAUUUGAAAAUGAGUUUUAAUGAGGGCACAACUCGCAUUGACAUUUUGAACAAAGUGAGGGAUUUUGAUGAGUUUAUUAAGGAAGUGGGAAACGAAAUUACAGAGGAAGUUGUUGACGAGUUGAGGCGAAAAAUUUGUGAUUUAUUGAGGCCUCUCAAUAUGGCUUACUGUAGUCGAGUUAUGGAAACGAAAUUUUCGAAAAAGUGUUUAGUUUUGGUCGAAAUUUCGACGAAUCCUGACAUUGCGGAAGUUGGUGUCGCGGAUGUUAAACACGAGGCUGAAUGGAAUGGUAUAAAGAAAAUUUUGUAUGUUUUGUCGUGUUUGUUAUCGUGAAACGAGGACUGAUUUUUCCGUUCUAUUUUUUUUGUAUGGUUUCCAGUGGGUAAAACCUCAAGAAAAAUUUGAAGGAUGUCCUUGAUGUCGUUUUUAGGACGUCCUAUGUCGGCCCAAUGGAUGGACACUUUUUGCCCACUGGGAAUUGUUUCUUAAAUGUUUUGAGUAGGAGAAAGUAAUAUAUUAUUACUGAUACUGGCCCACAAAUAAUUUAUUUAUGCUGCCAAUAUUCGAAUAAGAUGGGCCAGUUUGAGUAUUCAGUGUUAUGCUCUAAUUUCAAGGUGGCCACUGGACCCGGAAAUAAUACGAAAUUUCUUUUAUGACAGGAAAUUUAGAAAAUUUCUUUACUAGAAAAGAAAUGGAUUUUUUUUUAGAUUAGAAUUCUACUUUGAAAUUGGGAAAUUUUGGAGAAUUUUUUUUUCUUUUCUCAAUUUUAAAUUGGAGACUUUUGAAAGUCUUUAAAAUUGUUUU